AUGAAAGUGCACCUACUGCUCCACCUUGUGGAUGACCUCUGUGACUUCGGUCCCACUGCUGCUUUCAACACUGAAAGGUGUGAAGCCUUUAAUUCAUUGAUGAGGGAGCAGAACAUUUUUUCAAACAGACGAGCCCCAAGUCGUGAUAUUGCUGUUUCGUUUUCAACGUUAGAAGCAUUGAGAUUUGUUUGCUCAAUGUACCAGAGUGAGACAAAUGAGGAUUUUCAACGGUGUGGUGCUGGAUUGACUAAUCUUUACAACCAGCAUGCAGUACAAACUGUUUUGAAUGGUGUCUCGUCAAAAUCACUAAAUCUUGGCAAGGCUAUAUAUCAGUCUGGAGCACUGAGAAAGAAACAAGGCUCAACCAAGAAAUUGAAAGAUGUUGCAUUGUCUUUCAAUGGCGCCAAUCAGAUGUAUGGUGAAGUCUCAAGAGAAUAUGAUAUACAUUCAUCACCGUCUUUCUUGAAGUUGGAUGUUUUGGUGCAAAAAUAUGGAGCAGUUUAUUCCCAAAAGGGUCAACUCGUCAAUAAUGGACAUUAUGUACGAAUUACUCCUUGCUUGAAUGUUGUGUACGGACUCCUGUUGACAUGUGUUACGCUGGACAAUACAACCUACUGCAUUCUACAGGAGCUCGAGUUGCAGCAAGUUAUGGGUUUCAUCGUACACAAUGAGCAAGACUGUCCCUUGUUAACUUUGACAAAAACAUUGUGUGUUGUUCCAUCUAGUGCUGUUAUUACACAUAUUUCAGUGAUUCAUCAAUGUACUAGCACUUGUAACAUUACUACGCAGCCUUUCACAAUCGAACGAGAACGAGAGCAACUUAGUAAUGAAAAACUUGUUCAUUAUCAUGAUUUUUCUAAUGAUAUGUACUGUUUGAAUGUCUUCUGUAUGAAUCAGUAAUUUUUAUAAGUUGUUCUCUAGCUAUUUUAACUGCUGUCAACACAUCAUUGUCUCUGCCAACCUGCAUGAUUGUAUUAUUAC